AUGGAACCGGUAGACUCAUCCUCUAUCUACUCUCAGAGCGAAGGCAGGCCAAGCCCCCUCCACCUCAAGAAGGACGACAUCCCACAACACAUUAAGAACGUGUUGCAGUCCUCCAGUGGCUGGAAAGAUCCAAACAUCCCAGAGCCGGCUCCUGGAAUGGCCAGUUGGGGAGGAAAUGCCCAGGGACAUGGUCUGCACAAGGGCAGACUGGAAGCCCUCAGGCAGCCGGUGAUGGACGCCAGCCAGAUCUACUCCCCCCUUAGACCCUACUUCGCCUACAAGGAACUCCCUGUGCAGAAGAUCGCCGGCAAGACCUUGAUCGGGGAACAAGGGUGGCUCGAGCGGCCCAACCAAUCCCCGGACCGCAAGAAGAAGGACGGCUCGCCCAAGAAACCGGGUCUUCUGGACAGCCUCAAAAAGAUUGCCAGGGAGAUGACCGAGGGCAAAUCUUCAGGCCGAAGACCGCGAGACACGGAGCGUGAGGGGAAAGUGCCGAGAGUCACAAUCUCACUCGAUCCUCGCGAGCAGAGCCUUCUUUACUGCGAGCUCGAGUUCCACAUCAGCAAUGCAUUGCACAACUACAUCACGAAUGAACUGAACCACGGCCGUCUCAAUCCGGACAAGCUCAAGAAGGUCGCAGACGGAUGGAAUCAGAAGGGCCGCCCGAGAGUCGUGGGCUUCCGAUACGACUUGGAGACGCAGCUCGAGCUUGUCCACCUCCACAUCGAUGAGUUCCGGUUCUUCGGCCGUCGUCAAAGCAACCCAUUGGAGAUCGCCGGACUGCUUCAUGCGAUGAAGGUCAACGCUCGGUCGUUGCGCAUCCGCACCCAUUGCCAGCCGGAUUCCGUGAUUGCCAAGCAGCUCGUCGAUUCCCAGUCUCUCUGCAACACGAUCGGAUGCUCCGAGACCCAGCAAAUUGCCAUUGCCGAGAUAGCCCAGUUCUUCAAGGUCAUUGUGGAGAGAGAGCAGGCCUACCGGGCACAGCUAGAGCGCGAAAGCGCAGCCCAGACGUUGCCGCAUGGCCAAGGCGACCGGCAAUGGGGACCUCCGAGAGACCUAGCGCAGGGUAUGGAUGCUUACGGCGGUCUCCACCUCAUACCCGAAGGCUACGAUGUCAAUUCGGAGACUCUCCGUUACAACAACUGA